GGUGAAACAAUAGGAAGAGAUUCAAAAACAUUUGAAUAAAGUAUUUUGCAUGAAGACCAAAGAAGUUAAUCACAUUUGAAUGAUCCUCCCAGGCGACGUGAUGACGACAGACGUAGAGAGGACACGUGACCUGUUCACCUGUCCUGUGCCGAACCUGUUUAUCUCUGCUGCUCCUCCGGCUCGUCGCUCAAGUAAAUAUUCAAAUCUGCGUGGUUUACACUGAAACUUUGACUUUGACUGGUUUCGCAGGGUAAACACAGAACUUCCGAACUGUUGUUUUAACAGGAUUUGAUUGAGUUUUAUUUUUUAUUUUUUUACUCACAGUGUGUGUCUGGACUUCGACCUGCCUUUGUGAGGCACCUGUCUCAAACGAGGAAGUCCUGCGUGUUUGAGCCCGUCGAUAAUGAAAUCGAUGCGACGUUUGUGAAGUGUUUUUAGGCCUGAAUGAAGUCGGUCGGCUGUUUCGACGGGCGGUGUUAUUCUCAAUGUUGAUCCUAUAACGUCUCACCGGAACAAAGCUGCCUCCACCCUCCCUGGCGCACAAGGUGAGCUAUUUGUUGACGAUGAACGUCUCUUUGCAAGACAUGGAUUCAUCAGCCGAGAAUAACUCUGUUGUUCACCUGGCUGCACCAAUUCUCCCAGAGGAGUCAGACGUAUCCAACAUGACCAUUAUUCGAACGGGGAACGGGUCCAUCAUAGAGAACCAGAUGUUUCUGAACACUCUGGCCGCUCAGGCGCUCUCCGGGAUAUUCGUCUGGUCCGCCUUGCUCAUGACAUGCCACCAGAUCUAUACACACCUUCGAUCCUACACUGUCCCCAAUGAGCAGCGCUACAUCAUCCGCAUCCUGUUUAUCGUGCCAGUUUAUGCCUUUGAUUCUUGGCUCAGCCUGCUCUUCAUCAGCAACGACCAGUACUAUGUCUACUUUGAUUCUGUUCGAGACUGCUACGAAGCAUUUGUCAUUUACAACUUCCUGAGCCUGUCCUUUGAGUAUCUGGGAGGAGAGAGUGCAAUCAUGUCCGAGAUUCGAGGGAAGCCCAUACAGUCAAGUUGUCUGUACGGUACGUGCUGUCUGGUUGGAAAUAGCUACUCCAUCGGCUUUUUAAGAUUCUGCAAACAGGCGACUCUCCAGUUCUGCGUUGUCAAACCCAUCAUGGCAGUCAUCACCAUCAUCCUGCAGGCCUUUGGCAAAUAUCACGAUGGAGACUUUAACAUAAAUGGAGGAUACCUAUACAUCACAAUCAUCUACAACUUCUCCGUCAGCCUCUCUCUCUACGCUCUCUUCCUCUUCUUCUUCGCAACAAGUGACCUUCUCCGGCCGUAUGAACCAGUGCUCAAGUUCCUCACAAUCAAAUCUGUCAUCUUCUUAUCCUUCUGGCAAGGAAUGGUCCUCGCCAUCCUGGAGCGCUGCGGCGUCAUACCCAACGCCCUCUUCAUCGACGGACAUGAGGUCGGCGCCGGCACUGUGGCAGCCGGCUGGCAGAACUUCAUCAUCUGCAUUGAAAUGUUCUUCGCUGCUGUCGCCCUCCGAUAUGCCUUCACCUGCAACGUGUACCAGGAGAAAAAGAAUGAAGUGCCAGGUGAAAGAGAGACCAUCCCUCCUAUGCAGAGCAUCUCCAGCGGUCUGAAGGAGACCAUAAACCCAGGAGACAUGGUACAGGACGCCAUCCACAACUUCUCCCCGGCCUAUCAGCAGUACACCAUGCAGUCCACGCAGGAAGUAGUCCAGCCCAGCGUGAACGGAAAAGCGAACACAGGCAACAAGAGCUCCCGCAAGUCUGAUAAAAUCAUGCUGAUUACCUCUGAUGAUGAGUUCUAGGCUUUUUUCCAGCAAGAUCCAGGUGUUUGUGUCCUCACCACCCUGAUCUCUGACCCCCUGUGGAAACAGCUGUAUGGCAUUUUUCACAGAGCUGGAUCAAAUCCAGGUGUUUUUAAUUUUCAUGUUUGCAGUAUUUAAGAUUGUGUGCUUGCUUGUGUCCUGUUUUUUUUUAAUGAAUAAUUUAAGCACCAAGAAGAGGAUGAAAUGAAAAUUGGUUAUUCAGAAUUGAUCGCUCAGUGACCAGAGAACUGAUCUGGCUCCAUUUGAACAGUAACAAUCACAGGAAAACAACAUGUCACCUGCCCUCUGCCAGAGAAGUCUGGAGCUAUGCAUUUUCUGUAAAUCAAGCUGCUGGCUGUUCAGCAGUGUCCCUGAUUCUGAUUCAGCUUCUGUCACUAUGUCAGUACUCGUCUCUGGCUGUCUGAAGUGCGUUCCCUCUGAUUCCUGUCAGUUUCAAAGAGGAGAUGAUUAAUAUGUGACUCCAGGUGGGAAGUGGGGACGCUCAGCGAUGGCUGGGAGUGACACUUCACGGACCGUCUCUCGCAUCUGCUCGUUUGAAGUAUUUGCUGAACAUUCCUGUGCAUGGUUUCCUGACAAAUGGAAAGCUUCGUUCAGAGACACACUCGUUUUGGAGCAGGCACUUCAAACUGCAGACGAUAGCACUUCGCAGUCCUUUGUAUCUACCGUAGCAUGGACAAUUUUGACAAAACUGUCUCCUACGAUGUGGGAGUUGUACCAUUCUCAUUACUUUUCCCAGCAUGCUAAAGAGUGUAAUUCAGUGCAACUAGCCAGCCGUUCAGCUGAUGCUGACAAUCAGGCUUUUUGCAGUUCUGCGUGAUCAUAAACGCUUUUUGCAGAACUUUUUUUUUUUUGUGUGUCCACAUCAUAUCUCUGUUAUAAUUCCAUGUUCCAGGGAUUAUAAGAUAUGUACAGCAUUUGAUUGAUUUAAUUGUGGUGUUCAAUAUGUUCUGUAUUUAUCUGUUUGGAUUAUGAAUUGGUAAGAUCUUCAUGUAUUUGAUGAAUGUAAUUCAGAUUCAAGUAGUCAGAUCAAACCAAAAAUCUGUGUGCGGGAGGGAAGAUAACUGCAGACAAAAUUGUGUGAUUUAAGCAACUUUGUGGUUUCUUUUCCCACUUUUGUUUUUAUUUGAAAUGUUAUCUGUGUUUAUGUCACAUUGGAGACGUAGCUGUCUAAAUAGAUUAGUUACUGGAGACACAUUUUGUAUAUCAAGUCAUAAGUUGUUUCCUUUUUGAUACACUCUUGUGCCAAUGAUCGCUGUCUUUCUGGUAAAGCAGAAACUAAUUUUCCAUUGUGUGCAAAGUCAUAUUUAAAAAAACUACUCUUCAUAGUUGACGAGUUUGUUUUAGUCAUGUGUGGCAGAAUAAAACAAUUGUUGUUUGGUCGCAAAACUUGCAUUUGUUGAACUGAGUGAAUCUGCGCUUGUCGAUGAGGGAAAAAGCUUUAUUUGAAAGUACAAAAACAGACACAGCAGACCUAUUCAUAGGAAUAAUUUACCAUACUUUAAAAAUCAGAGCAGAAACAAAAACAGAUUUUAUUUGUACAUGAGGGUAGUUCAUUGAGAAGACAUGUAAAAUAAAUGAAUGUAAAAUAAAAAAUAAUUUAGGUGUUUUUGUUUUUUAAUAAAAUUACACAAUUCAAUGAAAUAAAUAUAAAAUAUAUAUGAGCAGAGUAAUGACGAGUUGUGACGGGUACAUCAUCAGUUUUACGCUGCCAUGUUACUGUCCUCGUUUACAGUCGCU